AUGGAUCUGACACACUUGGAAGAUAUGAGCAGUGGCUGUGAAGGAAAAAAUUGCAACUUAGCAUCAAGCUUCCAGGAGGAUUGCUUAAACCAAGACUGCUAUUUGGAGGAACCUACCUUUGGACUAAUCGAGUUAGUUUGUGUGACUGUGAUCUAUAUUCCACUGAUGUUAUUUGGCCUUCUUGGGAACAUAUUAACCAUACUGGUGGUCUGGCUCCGCCCACAUAUGAGAAGCUCUACAUAUCUAUACCUGAGCAGCAUGGCUGUCAGCGAUCUGCUGAUCCUCCUUCUGCUGCCUCUGGAUCUCUAUAAGCUCUGGAGACCCAGACCUUGGCCACUGGGAGACCUUGCAUGUAAGCUGACUAUGUUCCUUUCAGAAUGCUGCACCUUCUGCACCAUCCUCCACAUCACCUUCCUCUCCCUGGAGAGGUACCUGGCAGUAUGCUGGCCGAUCACGGCUAAAACCGCUGUGACACGCAGGAGAACCAGGGUCAUCAUUGGCUGCCUGUGGCUGGGGGCAGCUGUCAGUGCUUCACCUGUGUUAAUCAUGGUCGGAGUGGAGGAUGUUGGGAGAGAGGACUUCAGCCUAAGCCAGUGGAAGGAGGAAGGAGGAUGGAUGGGAGGAGAGGGAGAACAGGGAGCAAUGAAGAUGAGUGGAGGGGAAAGAGGAGGUGCACUCAUGGCUUUGCUGGAUCCACGAUUAGAGGAAAUAAAUAUGGGAGACAAAAACAACGAAGGCUGGGAUAAAGACGUGACAGACUUUAAACGGUUUGAAGACAGAAAAAGCAGAUCAAAACAUGCAUGGAAACGAGGGGAUACCAAUGAAAUGAAAGAUGAAACUGAAAACGCUGAAGAGUCUAUUGAAGAGGAAAAAAAGAUUGAAUUUGAGAAAGAUCAGCAAAACAAAAUGAAAGAAGAUGAGGGAGGAGGAAGCGGUGACAUAGCUGAUGGAGAAACUGAUAGGAGAGAGUGCCGCUGUACACAGUACGCCAUAUCCUCAGGCCUCUCAUCAGCCAUGAUGAUUCUCUCCUAUGUGUACUUCCUGGUUCCUCUUUGCAUCCUUGGAUUGGUUUACACCCUCAUUGGACGGACUCUUUGGCUCCGCCCAAAGAGCAGCAGAAGAGAUCAGAGUCACCGUAGCACUGUGAAAAUGUUAGGAGUUAUCGUCUUGGCAUUUGUGCUCUGCUGGCUUCCCUUCCACGUUGGUCGGACCAUAUUGACCCUUUCGCUCGGCUCUGGUGCUGAGAAGCAAGACACCUAUAUGGACGCUACUUCCUACUUUUCCACGAAUGUCAGCGUCCGUAGCAGAGACAUUCACACGGAUCAAGAACCCUUUGGACACUCUGACUCAAAAACUCAUUUCCCUGAUUCCCUCUCUCACAUGGAAGAGGUGGAAACUCUCCCAGAGGCACACGAAAUAUUCUGUGACAUGUGUGCCAAAGACUCACCUCUAGAGACCACUAAGACAAAAUGUAAAUUUUACAACAGUACCACGCACAAAAUGCCAAACAGGACGCCAUUUUCUCUAAGUCCCAAACCUUUCGCUACCACCACACCCACCGACCUGUACAUUUAUGUCACAAACAAUGACACCAUCCUCAACAACACACACUCUCACCAAGACGCUAACAUUUACUUUCUGUAUUACUUGUCUCAGUAUUUCACGCUGGUUUCUUCUGUUCUCUUCUACCUCAGUGCCGCGGUCAAUCCGUUACUUUACAACCUGAUGUCUGCCAGGUACAGACUGGCUGUUCACAGUCUGAUUAACAAACACACUCACACUCAUCCUCACCGCCUGCGCUCAUUCACAGCUCGACACUCUACAACCACUCUGUAA